AAGAAAAUGAAUACCUCAUUUCAAGACAUCUUUUUUCCCAACCGAAACAAUUCAUUGGAUAAUGAUACUUUGGAUAUGAACCAAGAGCAAGAUCGGUCUGAUAUGCAGAAAAAAUUCAAAAUUGCUCAAGUUGUUUUUCUCAUAAUUUCGUCUAUCGGAAUAUUUGGGAAUUCAGUAUCGAUUCUCGCCUUGAGGAAAUCGAAGAAGCUUCGAAGCCCAACCACUGCAUUUGUUAUAACUUUAUGCACUGCCGAUUUGCUUUUUUGUAUCCUCACUCUAACAAAUUACAGCAGGCCCGAUUGGAACUGCAAUCACGUUUUUUGCAUUUUGAUAACAUGGGCAAAAUACUUCGUUGGUGGAGAAUCGGUGUAUUUAAUGAUUGGAAUCACGAUUAAUCGAUAUAUCUGUGUAAUUCACCCAAAUUAUUAUCGUUUGAUAUACAGAAGGAAAUGUCUAGCAUUCCAGAUAGCUUUAACCUGGAUGUAUUCCUUUAUGAUAUCUCUUUUACCAUUCUUUGAAAUUUGGGGAAAAUAUGGUUACGAUCCUAACAGCGGACUCUGUAUCAUUUUGAGACAAAACGGAAAGUCAGCUAGAACUUUCUUUUUUAUAUCCUAUUACGCACUUCCAGCCACGGUUUUUGCAGUUUGCUAUUCUAGAAUUUUUUGGGUCACUUAUAAAACAUCUCGACAAGUGAGAAAGCAGUGCAAUUUUUUUGUUACGCCUGAAGAAUUAAAUGCUACAGCAACUUCACCAGAAUGUAGAAUUCAAAGAGGUGACAUUCCGGAUCGUGUUAAUGACAAAGAGAUGAAAAUCCUGAAAGUGAUGCUAGUCAUCUUUGUUGCCUUCCUGAUUUGUUACUUUCCAAUGGCGCUCAUUAAAUUUUUUGACAGUAAGGCGAAAAUUCCUGCACUUACCGCGCUGUCCUACUUGGGAAUCAAUUUAUCAAAUGUGAUCAAUCCCAUGAUAUAUGUUGCUAUGAGUGCUGAAUACCGAAAAGCAUAUAUUGAACUUUUCACUUGCAAACAACUCUGGCUGCCAUUGUCUACUUCUUCGAAUGCAGCAACUUCCUCAAAUACAGCAACUAUAGAGAUGCUAAGUGUUUGAUAUUGCUCUACUAUUUUCUUAUUUAAGCAAAUUUAUAUAACAUUAUUGUUGUUAUAAGUGUCAUAAAUGUAAUAUUAAAGUGCAAUGUAAAAAAUAAAUACUAUGCCCCUUAAAUUUAGAAAUGCUAGAAAGAGAUAAUGAAAAUAAAGACAUUUAAACAAAUACAGUUGAUAAUAAUA